AUGCUGCUGUGUGGUUUCUCAUCUUUCACCGGGCUCUACCCUGGACCUCGCCAGUGCUCCCAGAACGAGGCUCGCAAGCUGAAUCACCAAGAAGUGGUGGAAGAAGAUAAAAGGCUUAAAUUGCCAGCAAACUGGGAAGCCAAAAAAGCUCGGCUGGAGUGGGAGCUGAAAGUAGAGGAAAAAAAGAAGGAAUGUGCAGCGAGAGGAGAAGACUACGAGCGAGUUAAACUGUUGGAGAUCAGCGCUGAGGAUGCCGAGAGAUGGGAAAGGAGAAAGAAGAGGAAGAAUCCAGAUCUUGGAUUUUCAGAUUACGCGGCUGCACAGCUGCGCAAGUACCAGCGGCUGACCCGGCAGAUCAAACCUGACCUGGAGCAGUACGAGAAGCUGAAAGAGCAGUACGGUGAAGCACUUUAUCCCACAUCUGACAGUCUCCUCCAUGGAACUCACGUGCCAUCUAAGGAAGGGGUUGAUAGGAUGGUUGCAGACCUUGAAAAGCAAAUUGAAAAGCGUGAAAAGUACAGUCGCCGACGUCCUUACAACGAUGAUGCAGACAUCGACUACAUCAACGAAAGAAAUGCCAAGUUCAACAAGAAGGCAGAGAGGUUCUACGGGAAGUACACGGCCGAGAUCAAACAGAACUUGGAGAGAGGAACGGCUGUCUGAGCCACACACACACCCCCCAGCCCUGUGUCUGUUGGGUUGGUGCAGAGAUUUUGCAGGCAAUUUGAACUUUUAUCAGAAAAAUACUUUGUAGA